AUGGCUCUUGCCCUGGCUCUUCCAUCCUCCCAGGCAACCAACAAUGUCCCACAAACCGUCUACCAAUUCUCCAACCCAACUUGGCUCGAAAAUGUCCACGUCACACGCAACGGCUCCCUUCUCACUGGGGUCAUCGGCCGCCCCGAACUUCACCUUGUUAAUCCUUCCUCGUCUGCCAACCCACUACCCACCGAUACGCUCGUCUACUCCUUUCCCGGCGUCGACUCCGUCUUUGGAAUCACCGAGUUCUCGCCCGAUGUCUUCGCCGUGGCCGUUGGGAAGUACAGUGCUGAAAACGGACCCACGAACGGCAGCUGGAGCGUUUGGAGCGUCGAGCUUGGCAGCAGACACGGCGGGAGCGGAAAGAAGGUGAAAAAGAUCGCGGAUGUGAAGGACGCCUGGAUGAUCAAUGGUGUUGCGGCGCUGAAUGAUCACGUUGUCUUGCUGGCGGACUCGUAUGCCAUGAAUGUUAUUGCGCUCGAUGCGCGGACGGCGAAGUAUGACGUCGUGCUUCAGGAUCCGAGUAUGGCGAGCAAUAUGUCGGCGUACCCACCCAUCGGCAUCAAUGGGAUGAAAGUUGUGCACGACGACCUCUACUUUACGAACUCGCAGCUUGGGACCAUCAACCGCGUGCGUCUCAAUCUCGAUACUGGUCACGCCGUGGGUCCAUUUACCGUCAUUGCGUCAAAUGUUACAGUUGUGGAUGAUCUGGCGGUUACCGAAAAGGGAGAUGUGUAUGUGGGUCGACCGCUGGACAACGAGGUGGUGAAGGUAGGAAGAGAUGGGAGCGUGGUUAAGGUAGCGGAUGUGAAGGGUGCUACAGCGGCAAGCUUGGGGCGGACGAGCAGGGAUAGGGGAGUGGUGUAUGUAAGUACUAUGGGAGGGAUUAAGGAGGGUGGUGGGUUCGAGGAGGGCGGGAAGAUUGUGGCGUUAGAUCUUUGCUGA